AAAUAUCAAGGCAUAUAAAGACUGUUGUCGAUCGAAUAUUCACAAUUUGAUAAGUAAAGACUUUUUGGAAUUUGUAGGGGGAAUAAAGGAAGUUUGACAGGCAGGUAUCGUUUUGUGCAUGCUAGCAAAGGAUGCAUGCAGCAUCCAUCCGCAUCCAUCUCUGAUUUUUCAAAGCGCAUGCGUGAUUGACAGAAAACAUAGCAAAAAUGGCCGUCACUGAUGGGAAUGCCGUGAAAGAGGAAACAUUAACAGCUCUCACAAGAGAAGCAGAAAACUUGAAACAAAAACUAUUAGAAGAAAGGCAUAAACUUAAUGAUAUUGAAAUGUACACAGUUGCCCAGAGGUUAGAGCCCUUGCCACCUCUAAACCUGAAACCAAGGCGAAUCUUGAAGGGCCACCAAGGGAAGGUUCUAUGUCUAGACUGGGCGAGAGACCAACGGCACAUGGUGACUUCAUCGCAGGAUGGAAAAGUCAUAGUUUGGGAUGCUUUCACAACUAACAAGGAACAUGCAAUAACUAUGCCAACAACUUGGGUAAUGGCUUGUUCCUAUGCACCUUCAGGUACCAUGGUGGCAUGUGGUGGUCUGGAUAACAAGUGUUCGGUUUAUCAAUUGACUCAAGAAGAGGACCUAUCAAGCAGUAAGAAGAGAGCUGUAGCAAUGCAUACCAGCUAUGUCUCAUGCUGUACAUUUAUGAACUCUGACCAACAGAUUUUGACAGGAAGUGGUGAUAGUACCUGUGCAUUGUGGGAUGUUGAGAGUGGUCAGCUCCUUCAGAGUUUCCAUGGUCAUAAUGCAGAUGCAAUGGCUCUUGACCUUUCACCUUCUGAAGCUUGCAACACAUUUGUAUCAGGAGGUUGUGAUAAGCAAGCGUUGGUGUGGGACAUGAGGACCGGCCAGUGUGUCCAAUCCUUUGAAGGUCACGACUCGGACAUCAAUGCUGUCAGGUUUUUCCCAAGCGGAGAUGGCUUCGCAACGGCCUCAGAUGAUGCCUCGUGUCGUAUGUAUGACCUGAGAGCUGAUAGAGAGAUCAGCUGUUACAGUAAGGAGAGCAUCAUCUUUGGAGCCACAUCACUUGACUUCUCUCUUAGUGGACGCCUGCUCUUUGUUGGGUACAAUGACUAUUCCGUCAACAUCUGGGACACACUGAAAGGUCAUCGCUUGACCAUGCUGUACGGCCAUGAGAACAGGGUGAGCUGCCUGAGGGUCUCACCAGAUGGGACUGCCAUGUGUACCGGUAGCUGGGACUACACCCUCAGGAUCUGGGCCUAAGUAAGAUCUGGUCUUUGGACCAAUAACGUGACCUGCAGAACUUGUGGGCACUCUCUCUCAAUUUUUAUUUGCGGAGAUGUGGACAUAGAUAAGGUUUUUCUAGAACACUAGGCAGUGUGGUCUAACGUACAUGCUAGACCAAGAUUUGGUCCAUUGUCAUUUAAGUUGGGUCCGAUAAGAUCCUGCUAUUUGGACCAAGACUGUGUUCUUUUGGACUGGAGGAUUCUCUACUUUUUUUUGCCAAGAUGUUGACAUAGACUUGUAACUUCUUGAACUCUGUAAAGUUCCGUGGUCUUACUAUACAGGUAUAUGCUAGACCAAACUACUUUUAGACCAGUGACUUGUCCACUUUGUAUGAGGACUGCAGCUUUUUGAUCUACUUUAUCUUUACACUUUUACCUUUGACAUGCUGGGACUUUAACUGUGAUCUAUGACCAUCUCACUCAAGACCUUUUUUGUGUUGAAUGUCAUCUUAAUGAGCAAUUGAUUGUCUUGCCAUUUUCAUGUAUGCAGCCACAGACAAGUCAUAUGGAGGUCAUUACAGUAUGGUGUGUAUUUUCAUUACUUGUUAGUUUUGGAUUAAAAAUAAAUUAUGUGAAAUAAAUGUGGUUUAAACUCUUAUAACCAGUCAAUAAUAUCAAUGUUGAUGUAUAAAUUGAACAUGUGUAAUGUGAAAGAUCUUUAUGAACAAUGUUUUUUCUGAUUUGUUUUUCUCCCCAGCUUCGUUUGUUUUCCAUGAGUAGAUUUUUUUCACAAAGGUCAAAUAGUUAUUGGCAAGAACUUGGAAGUGUAAACUGUGGUAAUCUAGUAUGUAGUAUCUAGUAUUUCCAUAUUAUCAUUAUGAAAUGAACAUUCAUAAAUUUUAUAUGCAAAUAGAAGUGACUAUGAUAUUUGAAUGAAGUAGGAAUAUAUUGUUUGAUUGUGGGAUUCACGAAAUGUUUUUUUAUUGAGUUUUAGGGUCAUUUUUUUGUGGGGGUGCAUUUGUUUUCUUUUUCUUUUUUUUAUUGGGAAUCUAAGGACCAAGAGGACAGACUCAGGGGAGGAAUUGCUAGCAGAAGAGAGAAAAAGACAGAUUUUUACCCUCAUCUAUUUUUGUGAUUAUUUUAACAAUGAAAACAGA